AUGGUUGAAGAAGAGUCACAAGUGCUGAGAUUGACGAACUAUGAACAAAGGCAGUAUGAAAUGCAGAUUCGCACAGCGAAUAUGACGCGCUGCGCUGAGGCCCUGAUCAAACUUGUGUCUGACUUAAAGCAGUUUUUGAUCUUGAACGAUUUCGAGUUCGUUAACGAAACUGUUGAAUUCACAAACAGUCAGUGUCAGCUUAUUCGAAAAGAACUGAACGACAAAUUACUGACAGUCAAGGAGGAAGCUGCUGUUUGUUUGCAAGAAGCUGAGCAAGAAUAUUACAAUACCUCGCUGCAAGAUCGUACUUCAUUCAUACUUUGA